CCCCAUCUCCACCACCACCACCGUCUCCAAUUGCUAGAUCAAUUUGCAGGAAUAGCAGAAUUAUUUGAAAUCAAAUCAGUUUCAUUUGAAAGUUUUACAUUAUAAACACAAAUAUAUGAAAUGAAAAUUGAAAGAGGCUUAAAUGAAAAUGAAGAAUUGAUCUAUUUUAUUCUCAAGAAAAAACAUAAUUAGUCAAUUUCAUUCUCAAAAAACACAAGAGAAAAUAAAAUCAGUCAAGCACAGCUAGCUUUUGAUACUCUUCACCAGAAAUAACAGCUUCCAUAACCGAGACAGGAUCAAUAGCACCAUCUCCAUCCAAGAAACCUCCACCACGCCAAACUUCCACCACCACCUCCUCCUUCCUCUUCUCACCUCUCCGUCCACUUCGAUUCCCUCCUCCAAAACCUUCUCAAUCUCUCUUCCUCACCACCUAACAAUCCAAGAUUGGCCACUUCCCUUCAAAUUCGUAAUUUUUCUGUCAAGAAACAGCUUCAACAUGUUCAAGAAAGAAAACCCAAUCCGUUUCUUGAAUUUGAGUUUGAAAAAAAUGGAAGAACGAAAAUAUGGUGAUGAUGGUUUGAGUAAUGGGUCGGUUGAGUAUUUGUCAAGAAAGGGUAAGUUGGUUCUUGACUCAAUUCUUGACCAGCCUUUGCAUAGUUUGAGUUCUUGGUUCGAUUCUUGCAAGUUCGAGUUGUUUCAAGUUGAUUUGAUUGGUCUUAUAAAGUCAUUAGAUUGCUCUGGUAAUUGGGAGAAGGCCCUUUUGUUGUUUGAAUGGUCUGUUUUUAAUUCGGCUAGUGUUAAUGAGAAAGAACUAUUGAUCGAGACAGAAGCAGAUCUGAUGAUAAAACAUACGACGACACCAUCGUUGUGUAAUGACGACGCUGUCGUUGAGACGGCAGUGCCAUUGCUGUUGACGAUGCCGUCAACCACUGCCAGGAGUGUGUAAUAUUUGUUGAAAGACAGAUUUGGGUCUCUUUGAUUUGUGACAUGGUUGAAGAAAACUUACAGUCCUGGUGCUUGGAUUCAACAUCAUCAGGUUAAUUUCCUAAGCAGUUCAAAUGUUAAUAUGAACCUGAUUUUUAUUUCUAAAAUAGGGAGAAGAUGAUAAUAUGGCUAAUAUUUAGAAUAUAUCAGCGUGAUAAGACAUAAUGAACUUGAUCAGAUUGAAAAUAA